UUAAAGUUCAUUUACCUGGCAUGAACCAGUUUACAUACACAUGCAAAAUGUUGACAAAACACACCGACGAACAGAUUUCUUCAUAGUUGUAGAAAUUAAGGAAUGAGAGACCUAUUGAUAAAUCAAGCAUCAUAGUCGAUUAAAAUAUUGAAGUGAUAUACUAACAUGUGUAUAAUGAAAACAGCAGGACUACCCUGGUUUCUUCAAGUCAUUGCUGUGACGUUUUUAUAUGAGUUAAAAUGUCCAGCGCCAGGACAUUGGCGUCUCAGAGCAAGAAAAUUUUACUGUGGUCAGAGAUAUGUGUGUUUGUUGCGUUCACCAGAGAAUUCGUAUCGUGAGACCUGUGAUGGACUCGAUUAUAGCAGCACAGGCAGCAAACUUAUAUUUGAACCGUAUUUCAACAAAGCAGGAUGCAGAUACUCACGGUAUCAGCCUUUUCCAUUUUCAACUGAUGGUAACAAUAAGUGUGUGUAUCAAAAGUCAUUUUGUAAUGAAGAGGGUCAGAUCGUCUACCGCGAAGGAAGUAUGAUAAAUGAUACAACAUGUGGAUGCGAUUCGUCUCAAGGGUACAAAUUUGUGACCACGCCAAAGCACAACUGCUAUUGUAUACCCUCAGAGGAAGACUGUUCAUGUCACAAACUCAUUUGUAAUAAUGAAGCUAACCCGUGUCCCUAUAUUGGUACUGCUGUUCGGAAUAAGUCAUGUCUAGAAAUUAUCGUCAGACCGUCACAACAAAAAAACUUGUCCUCUCCAUUAGAAAACAGAUUUAAAGACGUAAGAAAUGAUUAUAACGAAGGUAGAACUCAUAAAUUAAACUGUAUUUACUUUACCGUAGCAUUGUUGAUUGUCUUCGCCAUUGUUUUACCAUUAUACGGUUUAUCACAGUGGCCUGAUGCAUUCUAUAAAGUUCCUUCGUUUAAAUGGAUAGUAGAUUACCUAACGUUUAUCAAUAUGUUGAAAAACAAAGAAAGAGUUAAGAUUAAAAAACAGACUUCUCUUAAGGAAAAGAACAGAAUCCUAAUGAAAAUACUUUUGCGUGGAAAUAAAAGUCAUUAUGAUCAAUUCCUCGAAGCUUUAAACGCAUUCGAUGAAUAUAAAGACCUCGCAUUACUAAUACAAAACACAGAAGUUACCUCUAAAGAUAAAGAACUCUUUCAAAAUUGCACAGAAAGAAGUAAUUAAAACAUUCCUUCUUUGGCUGUAUGUUUUUGUUCUAUCUAUUGUUUGAGACUGUAUAUUCCUCUCUUGAUGUCUAAAAUGCAUGUACCAAGUCAGGAAUAUGACAGUUGUUAGCCAUUCGUUUGAUGUGUUUGACCAUUUGAUGAGGGACUUUUCGUUUUGAAUUUUCCUCAGUUUUUUGUUCAGUAUUUUAGUGAAUUUACUUUUUAGUGCAUUUUUGUUUACAUUCAUUUAAUAUUAUUUGUGAAAAACAAUCAAUCCUGAUGUACAAAAAUUUAUUAAAAUGCAAUCUACUGUGGAUUCAUUAUUAUUCGUUGGAUACCAAUUUUCGUAGAUUUCAUUGGAGAGGUGAUCCACGAAUUUAAAUGUUCAACGAAUUACAAAUUUUCCAUUGGCUUGUAUGCAGACUUUGACAAAACUACGAAACUAAAUAUCCACGAAAGUGUGAGUUUUCGACAAUCCACGAAAAUUGGUACCCACGAAAAUAAAUAAAUUCACAGUAUUUGGUGGGUUGUUUUCGUAUAUUCAGAUGACAGUCAUUUAUAGGAAUAUGACAGGAAUACGAUAACGUAGAUAAACUGCUUUCACCAAAAUAUUAUUUCGCAUGUACAUGCAAUAUGAUGUCGAAGUGUAAUAUCGUCUUUUUCUUUUUAUUAACACAAAACGAAACAUAUGAUAUAAACAAAGAUCAAACUUAAAAUAAAUGAUGAUAUAAUUGAAUGCUUUUGGACAUCGAUGAGAGGAAAUUUCGAUCGAUUAGACGUCGGUUUGGUAUAACAUGAUUGAUGUGAUAUUGGACGUCGACUAGAUGAAUGAAAUAUUGGACACAGAUUUGAGAAAGAGACCACACAUAUGACUUUGUUUUGAGGAACGGACGUGGAUCUAAGUAUAACAUAUAAAGCAUAAGUAAAAAGAUCAAGAUACAAAGUUUCGCUUACAAUUGAAUGAUUUGUCUUUAAUAAAAUAAAGCAGGCGUACGAACGAGUGAGCUCUUUAAACACACGCAUAGCUCAUUUUGAUAAGGGACUGACAUUGCUGAAGACCAUUCGUUGUGCCAAAAUGUCUGUCAAAACAAGUCCAUUUCAUUUUUGUUCGUAUAUUUUUAUCUUUUAUUAUAAUUUUAUCAUAACAAAUUAAAACAUCUAACUUUGUUUGUGUGUCUGCUGUUUUUUGCUUUGUGUAGUCUUUUCGAUAUGUACUAAAGGCUCUGUAUUUAAGCAUUCAUAAAUACAUGUUUGUUCAUCAACUUAAUAAAUAUAAAUCUAUAUUCAUAAAAUUGAUCGGAUAUCUUCUUUCUUUGUUUGAUGUAAUGCCUGUAUAUUUUGAUUUGAUAUUUUCUUUCUUUGACCAAUGUAAUGCCUAAAUAUUCAUAAAUUUGAUUUGAUAUCUUC